AGAAUGCAUUUUGAACUUUUUUUGCUAUUUGUUAAACACAACACUAUAUCUAAAGUACGAGUGUACGUUUCUGUGGUAGCAAAUGUUUAAGGCAAAAUCAAAAUUAUUUUGGGUAUAAAUAUUAGUUGGUUAUGAUUAUCAAUUCUUUGUCAAUAAAUGUCCAAAGUAUUCUAAAGUUUCAACAAUGACGCAAACUUUAGUCAUUUAAUGAUUUUAUGCGGAGUCGGUUCGACUUAAACAGUAAUUACUUCGCAGUUUUCAUUUAUUUCAAAAUAAUGGUAUUUUUAUGACAGUUUUACAUAUGAUCGAAGAUUUUGGGAUAUUUUAAGAACGAUAAAGCUGUUUGUUACAAAUACAUAGUUAAAUGAAACCAUGGUGCUUCAAUCACAUAAACAAUGGAAGAAGUGCUUGUAUGAAAAUGCUGAAUAUGACGAUAAUUACACUGAUCCGAGUUUCCUAAAAGAUUUAAAAACAAAUUUAAAUGUUCGCUUUUUCACUUUCGAGGAAGCUCUUAAAGGCAUCACAAGGCUGAAUAACCAAAUUUCAUGUAUAACCGCUUUCCUGGUUAUUUUUUACUUGCUUUACAGCGAGAAGGUGACCCCACUGAACGUUUUAGUAGUUACUGGUUUAACUACUUCAGUUGGGUACGUCUUUUACCGAGGACGGAAUCUUUUUGCGCUUAAAUAUCUUCUGGAGGACUCAAAAACUUUAUUGACGGUGUUAGUCUUUGGAUAUCUAUUUGCACCUUUGCUCCAUCGCCUAACGAAUGCUAUAAGUACUGAUACAAUAUUUUCAAUUACAUUCUUUGUUCUUCUUCUCAACCUGAUUUUCUUUGAUUAUGGAUUAUCUGCUGCAAUGGUUUCAAAAGCGUUAUCCUUAAAUGCUGCGAUAUUUGCAUCUAUUUGCUUGGCCUCCCGUCUAUCUACGGCAUUCCACGCAUUUGUUUUGCUUGUAGAAGCGUCGGUGUUUUUUGUCCUCUAUCCUAUUUUCACAUCUUUAUAUUGGCGAUGGUAUCUUCUAUUACCGACUUAUAUGAUUUGUUGUUUUUUGUUGUACAACAUAUCCAUUAAUAUUCUUAUUAUUUACGCCGCUUUUACGGGAUUCAUUAAUAUUAUAUGUCCAUACAUAUUUGUGACUCAACAGCAAUAUAAACAAAACAUUCAUGGACCAUGGGAUGAAGCAAUAGUAGAGGAAAACUCUGAGAAUGUUAUUAAUGACAAAUAAUCAAACGCACGAAUUAAUUAAUUUUACAUAUCAUAUCAUAUAUAUCUAUACUUCUAUACUACUAUUAUAAAGUGGAAAGAUUUGUAUGUAUGUUUGAAAUGAAUAAAUUCAAAAACUACUGUUCCGA